AUGCACAAGUGUAAAAUUUUCGUGGGAAACUCCCACCCAGAACUCGGAAAACUAGUUUGUGAACGUUUGGGAUGCCCUGCCGCCCCAGCAACCCUCAAGAAAUUUGCAAAUGGUGAAACUUCCGUGUCCAUUGGCGCUUCUGUCCGUGAUGAAGAUGUCUACAUUAUCCAAUCCGGCUCCCCAACCGUCAAUGACCACAUCAUGGAACUCCUCAUCCUUAUUUCUGCUUGCAAAAGUGGUUCUGCUUCAAAGAUCACUGCGGUUAUUCCACAGUUUCCAUACUCCAAACAAUCGAAGAUGAAAAAGCAUCGUGGAGCCAUCACCGCCCGUAUGUUAGCCAACUUGCUUAUCAUGGCCGGAGCAGACCAUGUGGUUUCCAUGGAUCUCCAUGCUUCGCAAAUGCAAGGUUUCUUCUCAAGACCAGUUGAUAAUCUUUAUGGUGCCCCAAUUUUGGCUAACUGGAUCGUCAAUAAUGUCGAUAACUAUCAAAAUGCCGUGGUGGUUUCCAAGAACCCUGGCGGUACCAAAAGGGUAACUGCUUUAGCUGAUAAACUCAAGAUCAAUUUUGCUAUGAUUCAUACUGAUCGUCGUCGUGCGCAAGACGCUUUGUUCCUUAAACAGCAACAAGAAGAAAAACUCAAGUUACUCAAACGUCGCCAGUCGUCUUCUACAUCAAAUAAAGAGAAGAAUCCCGAUCUUGUUAGUCUUAGAAAACAGCAACUUGAACGUGCUGGUUAUAGCGAUGCUCUUGCGGAUGAGGAUGAAGAUGAAGAUCCAGGUGAUGUGAUUUUAAGUAGUGAACUUCAAACUGCGAGAGUGAUUAAGGGGCAUAUUGUCGAUGAUGACUAUGAACAACAAAGUGUUGUCGAAUCAGGGGAUGAUGUUGUCUCCAAUAAACCUGUUUCCAGUAAUACAACCGAGACUAACUAUGAAAAUAAUGACAAUAAUGACGAUUAUGAUGAUGACGAUGAUGACGACGACGAUUUCCAGUAUUCUCUUGAUCAAGAAGAUAGCUUUGAAAUAACGCCCCAAGGUGUAACUCGUUCAGAGAAGUUGAUCACUCUUGUCGGGGAUGUCAAAAAUCGCCCAGCAAUUAUUCUUGAUGAUAUGAUUGACAAGCCAAACUCCUUCAUUGCUGCUGCUGAACAUUGUCGUCUUAACUGUGGGGCCUCCCUGGUUAUCGUUAUUGCUACACACGGUGUGUUCAGCAACAAUUGCUUGGAAAAACUUAAUGAUUCUCCAUGCAUUGAUAAGAUUGUCGUCACAAAUACUUAUCCUAUUUCUAAGGAAGCACGCGAAAAGAAUGAAAAGUUAAUUGUUUUGGAUGUGAGUCCUAUUUUCGCAGAAUGUAUCAGAAGAGAUCACUACGGUGAAAGUAUCAGUGUUUUGUUUGAUAACUUAGUUGUCGCUUGA